AUGGGAAAGGGGAGAAACAUUCAAGGGAGGGGGUCAGGGGUAGAAGGGAAUUCAAGAAUAGAAAAUGGACAGAAGAUUUGGGCUUAUGAGGUAUUUCCAGCGUUGGCUGCACUACAUUUGGUGGUGCACGAACAUAAUGCCUACAUCCCUCGUAUACUACAUUGGAGGAGCAACACUUUGCCGCGUUUUUAUGAGCUCAUGAGCCAAGUCUUCGAAAACCGUGAGGUUGAUGUGCAACUUAUCCGGCCAUUUGUAAUUGACAAGCAGCAGGCGUAUUGGACUUGGGGUGACAGUGUUGACAACACUGAAGAACUUGUUGAGUUGGGUAAAAUGGCGUCCACUGAGUUACGCACUUUGAAGCGUGACUUUGAAAGGAUGAAGGAUGAAUUCGCCAAAGUUGUCAGUUCAAAUCGAGCGCUUCACAACAGAGUGCAUGAGUUGGAAGAAAUGGUACGGAGGGAGUCAUCCAAAGUUGAAAGAAAUAACAAGUGUGUGGAGGAUUUGCGCAACACAGUGGCAUCAAUGGAGCAUUAUUUUAAGCUGGAGCUAGAGCAGCUGCGAAAACAAGAUGGUGGGGUGAAAGAAGCUGGGGAAGGACAUGAGGACCUCGAUACUCCUCAUAUGAAUGAAGGAGGUGACAAUGAAUUGUCGCCAUUACAUGACAAUGUCACUCCGCCCACAAAAUCGGCAGCAAUGGCAACACAAGUCCCCAGUGAUGGAGCCGAACCUUCCGCAGCCAUGGUCACUCCAGUUCCUGACUUACAAGUGCAUGAAGCAGCUGCGCAUGCACAAUCCGAGAAGCUGCCUACCCCGGAAGAUGUGGCCGGGUGUGACGAAAUCUGCCAAAGACUUAUGUUUUUGUUAGAAGAUUGGAAAAUAGCUGACAGAGUGCCAUCGGGAGGUCCGAUGAAUCCUCCAAGUAUACCUACAAUUAGUAUGGCUGCUGAUGAAGAAGGUAGUUUGAGUGUUGAAAAAAAAGAAGUGGAAGGUAAAGGCUGUAGACAGAAGCGCCCGGCCCAGACAUUAUUAAGUCCAUUUACUGAUCCUUUGAGGAAGAAGAGGACAAUGAGUGUGUCGGAUGCGACUGCAACCCCGCCAUGUUUUGAUCCAUCAAAACCGCUGCCCAUUGAAGAUGUGAAGGCAGUAAUAGAUUUUUGCACUGCCUGGAAAAACGAUAUCAGUGUGCAGGUGCAGCUUGAAGCAUUUUCAGUGGGCGCUGAUUUUUUCUACAAACUCAUCGAUGAAACGGCAUGGAUUAGCUCAAGGCACCUGGAAAUGGCAACCUUUCUUAUCCGGAAACGGCAACUCUCUCAUCCGUUGCUAUUUGGAACCGACUGGACAACGGCAGAUUAUGCCUUGCAGCAAUUUCUAGAGCCGUUAAAAGCGACUGGCAAGACACGUGGAUCGAAGAAGGCAGCAGCUUCAAACACCAGUGACCUUCCAGCCAACAAGCUGAAGAAUGUACAUCACUUUGUGCACGGUACGUGGCAACACGGGUAUGCCCAAGCUUGGAAAAAAGUCCGCAGAGUGUAUUUUCCAUAUAAUCUUCGAGAGUCCCAUUGGGUUGCAAUCGAAAUUGAUUUCGUCCGACAUACUGCAACUGUGUAUGACUCAUAUGUUGAUUAUACCAAAUCUUCGAAGCUGGUUACACUUCUGCAACCUGUUAGCGAUACGCUUGCACGAGUGCUGUACAAUAUGAAGUUUUAUGAAGAUUCUGAGGUUGAAGAGGUGAAGCAAAAGGGGCUGCAGAUGUCGAGGUUUACGCCUUUCUCAGUUUGCAUCAUUGGAGGUGUGCCACAACAACGAGAUGGUUGUAAUUUCCCAACUUAUUGGCCUCACAGUACGUCUUGCGGAAUCAUGACCGUUCAAUUCAUCGAGCAUCUCAGUGCUGGGCUUUCGGUGCAUAAAAUUGACCCGUCGAAGAUCAAAUAUUACCGACUGAAGCUUGCAAUAGAGGGGAGCUUGUGUCUUGUUGCUGAAAAAAUUGAUGGAUUUGUGUUUAGGAGCUGGUGUGUCAUAUGUCCUGCUGGAUUGACACCUGUUAUAUUGAUAGUUUGCACUGAUCUGGUUCGUGGUGCAAAGGACAAGAGGCUCCGGGUUAAGGGACCCGUGAGAAUGCCAACCAAGGUUCUGCACAUUACCACCAGGAAGUCUCCUUGUGGUGAAGGUACCAACACAUGGGACAGAUUUGAGUUGCGUGUCCACAAGAGGGUGAUUGACCUCUUCAGUUCACCUGAUGUUGUCAAGCAAAUUACUUCCAUUACAAUUGAACCUGGUGUGGAAGUGGAGGUUACAAUCGCAGACUCUUAA